AUGGAUGGAGGCCGACUGCCUCUUGAACAAUGGUUCUGGGAGAUGCCAACAUGCACUCGUUGGUGGACAACCGCUACAAUUCUGACUAGUGCCUUGGUUCAAUGCCAGAUGGUCACUCCUUUCCAACUAUUCUACAGCUUUCGCGCGGUAUUUGUGAAAUCACAGUACUGGCGACUAUUGACGACGUUUCUCUACUUUGGCCCCUUCUCGCUCGAUCUCCUCUUCCAUGUCUACUUCCUUCAACGUUAUGCGCGCCUGCUAGAGGAGUCAUCGGGUCGAUCGCCUGCUCAUUUCUCGUGGCUACUACUUUAUUCAAUGGCCUCCUUGAUCGCUCUCUCGCCCCUUGUUUCCAUGCCAUUUCUCGGUCACCCGCUUUCCUCGACGCUGGUCUACAUAUGGUCCCGACGUAACCCAGAGACUAGACUGAGCUUCCUUGGCUUACUUGUGUUCACCGCCCCUUAUUUGCCCUGGGUAUUGAUGGGUUUCAGCCUUGUGCUGCACGGCACUGUUCCCAAGGAUGAGAUCAUGGGUGUCGUUAUAGGACAUGUUUGGUAUUUCUUUUCUGACGUUUACCCUCCUCUGCACAACGGUUCUCGCCCCCUCGACCCUCCUAACUGGUGGAGGCGUCUGUUUGAGGCUCGACCUCGAGUUGAUGCGGAUGAUAGUACAAACGACAUCAUGGUUGCCGGGGCUCGAGAAGCUGCGCCCCGAGAGCUUUGA